AGCGGAAGUGUGGGAGGGUCUGUGGGCCAGGCUCGGGGAGGUCCGGGAGGAGGAUGGGGCAGUAAGCGGGUCUGGGUGGCUGCCGGCAGCGCCAUGGAGACGGUGCAACUGAGGAACCCGCCGCGCCGGCAGUUGAAAAAGUUGGAUGAAGAUAGUUUAACCAAACAACCAGAAGAAGUUUUUGAUGUCCUAGAGAAACUUGGAGAAGGGUCCUAUGGCAGUGUUUACAAAGCAAUUCAUAAAGAGACGGGUCAGAUCGUUGCUAUUAAGCAAGUUCCUGUGGAAUCAGAUUUGCAGGAAAUAAUCAAAGAAAUCUCUAUAAUGCAGCAAUGUGACAGCCCUCAUGUAGUCAAGUAUUACGGCAGUUAUUUUAAGAAUACAGACUUGUGGAUCGUUAUGGAGUACUGUGGGGCUGGUUCUGUAUCUGAUAUCAUUCGAUUACGAAACAAAACGUUAACAGAAGAUGAAAUAGCUACAAUAUUACAAUCAACACUUAAGGGACUGGAAUAUCUUCAUUUUAUGAGAAAAAUACACCGAGAUAUAAAGGCAGGAAAUAUUUUGCUAAAUACAGAAGGACAUGCAAAACUUGCAGAUUUUGGGGUAGCAGGUCAACUUACAGAUACCAUGGCCAAGCGAAAUACUGUGAUAGGAACACCAUUCUGGAUGGCUCCAGAAGUGAUUCAGGAAAUUGGGUACAACUGUGUGGCAGACAUCUGGUCACUGGGAAUAACUGCCAUAGAAAUGGCGGAAGGAAAACCCCCAUAUGCUGAUAUCCACCCAAUGAGAGCAAUAUUCAUGAUUCCUACAAAUCCUCCUCCAACAUUCCGGAAACCCGAACUGUGGUCAGAUAACUUUAUGGAUUUUGUGAAGCAGUGUCUUGUAAAGAGCCCUGAGCAGAGAGCCACUGCCACUCAACUCCUACAGCACCCGUUUGUCAAGAGUGCCAAAGGAGUGUCCAUACUUCGGGAUUUGAUUAAUGAAGCCAUGGAUGUGAAACUUAAACGCCAGGAAGCUCAGCAGAGGGAGGUGGACCAGGACGAUGAAGAAAACUCAGAAGAGGAUGAAAUGGACUCAGGCACGAUGGUUCGAGCAGCAGGUGAUGAGAUGGGCACUGUACGAGUAGCCAACACCAUGAGUGACGGAGCCAAUACUAUGAUUGAACACGAUGACACAUUGCCGUCACAGCUGGGAACCAUGGUGAUCAAUGCAGAGGAUGAGGAAGAAGGGACUAUGAAAAGAAGAGAUGAGACCAUGCAACCUGCAAAACCAUCUUUCCUUGAGUACUUUGAACAAAAAGAAAAGGAAAAUCAGUUCAACAGCUUUGGCAAGAGUGUACCUGGGCCCUUGAAAAACUCUUCAGAUUGGAAAGUACCACAAGAUGGAGACUAUGAGUUUCUCAAGACCUGGACAGUGGAGGACCUUCAGAAAAGGCUCAUGGCCCUUGACCCCAUGAUGGAGCAGGAGAUUGAAGAGAUCCGGCAGAAGUACCAGUCGAAGCGGCAGCCAAUCCUGGAUGCCAUUGAGGCUAAGAAGCGGCGGCAACAAAACUUCUGAGCAAGACCUGGAUGGGCGGGCCCCACGCCACCUCCCCUCCCAGGCCUGCAGUAGACUCCAGAUUGCUCAAGUCUCUUAGCCAAUGCUUCCGCCCCAUCUUUCUCCACAGCACCUUUGUGAACUCAGGAAUGUGCGCCAGUGGGAAGGAUUCCACAGCCAGUGUGCCAUCUUGAUGUGUGUGUGUUUGAAUUGGUCAGGUAUAUUUCAAAGGAUUUACAUUGGCGCUUUUAAACUCAGAGUUUUAAACCCCAGGAACUGAGACUCUUAACUGAGUGAUAGCUGGGAAAGUUUUACAUUGUCAUUUUUUUUUUCCUUCUUCUCCCAAUAGCUUUCAUUUGUUCUUUCUGGAAGACUUUUAAAUAUAUAUAUAAAUAUGCACAUAUAUAUAUAAAUUAUAACCAGAUGCCCCACACAGUGUAGUGGCAUCUCUGUAUAGGUACAGUUUUAAACAGUUUGCCUCUUUUGUGUCAGAUUAUGGUACUGUGGAACAUGAGGGCAGAGGACACCAGGAGGCUGUUGGGCUCACUAGACUCUCAGGAGCCAACCUCAUCCUUUUGCUGGGCUGCAUUUAAAAGUUAGAUUUGGGUCAGUUCUUUCACCAUGGUUCCAGCCUUGUGUAGAUCUACCCUGGCUUCUGGAACAACUGGUGAUGUCCAAGGGUAGGCCUUGAGAGUUUGUGUUUACUUUUUGCAUUCCUGUAGAUGCCUGAAGCCCUCUUUUGCAAAUUGGCCUUUGAGGCUUCAAUGCCUUUCAUCCAUCUCCACUCUCCCAACUGCCUAAAGUCACAGCACAGAUACUGUCCAGUGCCUUAAGAAGAGACAAGACCCACUGAUGGGACAGGCUUACCAGGAACUCUCAGAAACAUGGGGCUGUGCUCAGUCCACAAAAGGGAAAGGGGUUUUCAGAAUUCUCAUUUUCAUGUGAAGGUCACACUGUCAGGGCAUUUUGCUCUACAUUCCUUAACAGACGGGUAAAGGGCAUUGUUUUUGUGAUUAACAUUCAAAUAUGUGACUUUUAUUUUUCUCAUUUUACUGCUAAGGGGCCUGGAAAGGAUACAUGAAUACCAGACUAAAGUUUGUUCUCCAGGAGACUCAACCCAGACACAUAGAAUGAUGCCAGGGCUGGAAGGGACUGCAGACAUCUGGUCUGGCUGAGGUUUAGAGAAAGAGGUCACAGGGCCAAGAUCACAGAGCAAGUUAGAGUAAGACUGAGACUAGACCAUGAGGUUCUUCACUUCCAGUUCACUGAACCAAGAAACCCAUUCUCUAAUGAAAGAAAAUUUGACUUACUUUUGGUUAAAUUGUUAAAACAAACAAACGAAAAACUGUUGGAUGCUCUUGCUGCUUUCUCUUUGGCAAGUGACUAGCUAUGAAGAGAGUCCUGAGGACAACCAGAUCAUUUUGUGUCAGACAUCACAUGAGCUCUGUAGCACCUGGUGGAUGCAGGAGAUUUAGGACCUAAAGCUGGUCAGAGGGCUUUGCAGAAGACAGCACUCAGAGGAACAUGCCCUCUAGUCAGCCAACCAAGAAGCAGACGGUUGAGAAAGACAAAUGCCUUUUUAUUUUCUAACAGCCCAUCCCCUCUUGUAGGGAAGCUGUGACUAGGUUGUACCCAUGGAUACUGUAAUUUGACUCCUAAAUUGUUUUUGUUCCCCAAACCUGGGGAUCAAUGGAGAAGCAGGGAACAUUUCUCUGCUGUGGUAAGAUUCUGUUCUUUACAAUUAAAGCAAGUUUUUUAAAAAUGUAAGAGGUAGUUGCUUGUCUGCAGGACUUGGCCAGUUAAGCAGCUGUGUGACAAAUACAGAAGGGAAGAGGAAAUUUAAGGUCCUGCUACAGUAAUACAUGGCAGCUAGCAUUUGUUGAUUACUCAGGUGCCAGGCACUGAGCUAUGAGAUUCUUUAUAUAUGUCAGCUCCAAACUUCACAUUAAUUCUGUGGACUAUAUACUUUAUCCUUAUUUCACAGAUGAAGAAAUAGGGCUGUUUUUUUUUUUUUUUUUUUUUUUGUUUUUUCUUGGCGAGGGAGUCCUUUAACAAGAGGGUACAACUAGUGGUAGAGAUAGUUCUCAUCAUACCACCACACGGGACCAAUAUUUACCAGGAAGAGGAAAAUCACAAGUAUUUUUAAAAAUGAAGUGACCACCUUUUCUUGCACAAGCUAAAGUAACUGUCAUUUUUAGUUUGGGAAACAGAUGAAUUGACAGGCAACUCUGACAGCUAAGUGGGUUUUAAAUGUCAAAGCAUUGGACAUAUAUUACCUCCACAUUAUCUGUCAUAUUGGUGAACAAUCUUGCCUCAGUCUCUUUUUUAAAAAAAAAAAUUUAUUAUUAUCUUUAUUUAUUUUGAUAAGAGAAAGCCAGAAAUCGAGAGGGAAGGGAGGUUAUAGAUAGGAAGAGAGGCAGAAAGACACCUGCAGCACUGCUUCAACACUUGCAAAGCUUUCCCCCUGCAGGUGGAGAGCGGGGGCUCAAAUCUGAGUCCUUGCACACUGUAAUAUAUGCGCUCAACCAGGUGUGCCACCACCCAGCCCCCUCAGUCUUUCUCUUUUAAAAAGACUUUACACUUGAUCAAACAAGAGGGCAAUGCUCCCUUUAUCUCUUCCAAAGUUAGAGCUUUUAGUAAAAUAAAUUUCAAUUUUACCUUUUAAAUAUUCUUGGGUCAUGAACCCUGAUGUGAAGUUUAUUUUGUUUCAGCUGCGUGUGCACCCCAUAUGAUAGUCCAACAGAGUGCACUGCUCUCAAGUCAAUUUCUUCUGGAUCAGAUAUACUUCCUGACAAGCUGUUCCUUUUUUCUAGUGAUAGAAAGACAGAGAAACAAGUCCUAAUCAUUUCCUUUCCUUGAAUACUAAAUUUAAGAUAGGUUAGCUUGUUUUCAUUGAGCCCUAAGCUUCAGUCAUUGCUGAGUAUUUGUGACUCAAGUUUCCAGGAAUUUCUUAAGCAAUUACUUGUUCUCUCCUUCUAAGAAAUGAUGAUCCACAUCUAACAAUGUCUUUUUAAAAUUUCAGAUAGUAUAGGAAUACUUUCAUUGCUUCCUCAUUGCUAAUUUUGAAGUAAAUUUCCAUUUUUCUCUUGUCUUUUCCCUUUUUUUCAAGUAAUAAUUAGAUGAGUGAAUGAAUAUUUGGAAAAUUGGAGAGAGAUAUAUAUACAUACAUACAGAGACAAAGAAAUAAUGAGUACUCUGAAAAAUUAAAAACUAUAAUCUUGAUUCCUUGUGACUAUAGAUUCUGAUCCAGUAAACAUUUAUUUGGCACCUACCGAAUGUCAGAAAUUUAACCCAUUUAAAAUUCAGUAGUUCUUAACAAGAAUGAGAAUGGUGACAUCAUUAUAGAUCCUACAGAUAUUAAAAGGCUAUUAACAAUAUUCUGAACAGUUUUGUGUUAAUAAAUUCAACAACUUAAAUGGACAAAUUCCUUUUACAAUACAGCAUCAAACUCUCUCAAGAAUACAAAUGUGAAUAACCAAUUAAGACUCAGUAGCUCUGGGUGAUGUAGGUAUUAUUGUCCUUAUUUUACAGAUAAAGAAGCUGAGACUCAAGUAAAAGGUCUGCAGCUCAGUCACAUAGCUAGAAUAUGGCAGGGCCAGGAUUCAAAAUCGGUUCUUGUGAUUCUUAUUGCAGUGCCCUUUCUAGUAUACCAUAUUACCUCUAAAGAUUGCAGCUCCUUACUGUAAAAUUGUUCCUGCCCAGUUCCCACCUUCCUACCCUAUUCUUUCUUCAGCAGUUUGUUUUUUUCAUCAGGAUUAUAGUCAUUGUCUUUGAAUCUAUGUUCUUUGUUGUGUUUGAGAAAAAAAAAUUCUUCCACCAGCUUACACUUGGACCAACUUGGAAAAAACAAAAAAAGCUUAAAUGCUGUUGCAAAUGUACAACUUAAAAAUGUGAAGUUUGUAGCUUUAACUUUUUGUAACAAAAACGAGUAACACACUGGCUUAAGUGCUGACUUGAAAUGCUAUUUUAUAAGGUUUGGAUGUAAAUAAUCAGUUGAGGUCAGCAGUUUGUAUAUGUGUGAUACAUAGGUUUCUCCAUUGCCUUUAAAAAAAAAAAAAAAAGCCUCCUGUGUGCUGUUAUGUUAAAAUUGUCCUUCUCCUUCCUUCUUUCUUCCUAUACCCUGUCUCCUUUGUUUUAAAUAAACUGUCCUUUCUACCAUA